UGAUUAGCUACAACUACCUAACAGCAAACGAUAAUAACAGCAAAAAAGUUUGUGUCGGGAACACAAAUCCUCUUCAAGCUUCUCAGUCUACACAAUCUUCUUCACCCAUGGAUCAAACUAAACCUCAGCCAGUCAGAUUCCGCCACGUGGUCGCCAUGCCUUGGCCAGGAAGAGGCCACAUCAACCCAAUGAUGAACCUCUGCAAACGCCUCGUCCUGCGAGACCCAAACCUCCACGUCACAUUCGUCGUCACUGAAGAAUGGCUCGGGCUCAUAGGAUCCGACCCGAAACCCGACCGUAUCCAAUUCGCCACUCUCCCCAACCUCAUCCCCUCCGAGCUCGGCCGAGCCAACGACUUCCUCGGCUUCAUCGACGCCGUUCACACCAGAUUAGAGGAACCCUUCGAGCGUCUUCUUGACCGCCUAAACUCGCCGUCUCCCACCGUAAUCAUCGCCGAUACAAACGUCCUUUGGGCGGUGAGUGUCGGCACACGAAGGAAUAUUCCGGUGGCAUCUUUGUGGACUACGUCGGCCACAAUUCUCUCCCUCUUCCUCCAAUCCGAUCUACUCCAAACUCACGGCCAUUUUCCGAUCGAACCAUCAGGAUCAAAAGAAGACGAAAUCGUUGAUUACAUUCCCGGUUUAUCACCGACGCGGCUCGGUGACCUGCCUCAGAUCUCCCACGGCUUCACCCACCAAGCUUUCAAUAGAUUCAAGCCGUGUUUCGAUCAGCUCUCCAAGGCUAAGUAUCUCCUCUUCCCAUCUGUUUACGAGCUGGAACCAAAAGCCAUCGACUUUUUCAAAUCCAAGUUUGGUUUCCCGGUCUACUCCACCGGUCCGUUAAUACCUUUCGACGAAGUAAAUAACCGCAGCGAGCCCGAUUACAUCAAGUGGCUUGAAUUGCAACCGAAAAGCUCCGUGCUUUACAUAUCUCAGGGGAGUUUUCUUUCAGUCUCUGAAGCUCAGAUGGAGGAGAUAGUGGAAGGUGUGAGAGAGAGCAGAGUCAGGUUCAUUUGGGUGGCUCGUGGAGGUGAGUCAAAGUUAAAGGAGGCUCUUGAAGGCAGUCAAGGUCUUGUGGUGAGCUGGUGCGAUCAGCUUCGUGUGCUGUGUCACGAAUCGGUAGGUGGGUUUUGGACACAUUGUGGGUAUAACUCGACAAUGGAAGGGAUAUAUUCUGGAAAACCGAUGCUGACGUUUCCGUUGUUUUGGGAUCAAUCUUUGAAUGCGAAGAUGAUCGUUGAUGAGUGGAGGAUCGGGAUGAGGAUUAGGAGCAAGAAGAAUGCAGAAGUGUUGAUAAAGAGAGACGAGAUCAAGGGAUUGGUGAAGAGGUUUAUGGAUGGUGAGAGUGAAGAAGGGAAAGAGAUGAGAAGAAGGGUUUGUGAUCUUAGUGAGAUUUGUCGAAGAGCGGUUGCAAAAAGUGGUUCUUCUCAUGUUAACAUUGAUGCUUUCAUUGAAGAUAUUAGCAAGAUCGUGUGAGUUUUAUAUAUGUUGCAAGUUUGUCCAUCAUUGUUGAAAAAUUAUGAUCUAUGAGUAUAUUUGUAUGAGUUUAUAAAGAUUCGGACUUUGAGAUCUGAUCAUCGCAAGUUUUUAUAGAGU